UAUUUCCAAGUUCCCCGUUGUCUGGAAAGCAUCAUGAAGCUCACACGCCUCCUGGUAAAAACAACAGCAAAUGGGCAACGAUGCCUGUUUAUUGGAUAUUCAAAUAGGAGGAGUGGUCACCUUCAUCGACUUCAUGAAACCAACACAGGAAACAAGGAAGGCUACCUGAGGAAGAGUAUAUACAACAAACUACAUGUUUUAAAUGUGUUAUAUUUGUAUAGUCUAGUCAUUCAACUGUAGGAGAAAUAAAAAGUGGUUGCAAUCUAUAAUGGAUCCUAACGAUUUCAACAGUGGUGGGCGAUCAUCAACUUUAUCCGACAAUGGACAACAGUCACCUGGUCAUGGCCACUCGCUUGUUAGAAAAUCGGUCUCCGAGGCAUCCGUGAAAAGGCAAGCGGUGAAGAGACAUCAUCAUAAACACAAUCUGAAGCAUCGGUAUGAAUUUCUUGAAACUCUUGGAAAAGGGACUUACGGAAAAGUGAAGAAAGCAAUCGAGAGAUCCGGUAGAAUGGUUGCCAUUAAGUCCAUCAGAAAGGAGAAGAUCCAGGAUGAGCAGGACCUAGUGCACAUUCGCAGAGAGAUUGAGAUCAUGUCCUCACUCAAUCACCCCUACAUCAUCACCAUAUAUGAAGUGUUCGAGAACAAGGACAAGAUUGUGAUUGUGAUGGAGUAUGCUAGCCGAGGUGACCUUUACGACUACAUCUCUGAAAAGCAGAGGAUCUCAGAACGCGAGGCCAGACACUUCUUCAGACAAAUCGUGUCAGCUGUACACUACUGCCACAGGAAUGGGAUAGUACAUCGGGACUUGAAGCUGGAGAACAUUUUACUAGAUGGAAAGGGCAAUAUUAAGAUUGCUGACUUUGGGCUGUCCAACCUGUACCGUGGUGAUGAGUACCUGCAGACGUUUUGUGGCAGCCCUCUGUAUGCUUCUCCAGAGAUCGUUAACGGGCGGCCGUACAAAGGGCCCGAGGUGGACACCUGGUCGCUGGGUGUUCUGCUCUACACCCUGGUCCAUGGUGCCAUGCCUUUCGAUGGGCAAAACUACAAGAACCUGGUCCAACAGAUUAGCACUGGAAACUACCGCAAACCCACCAACCCUUCAGAUGCCUGUGGGCUGAUUCGUUGGAUGCUAAUGGUAAAUCCUGAGCGCAGAGCUACCAUAGAGGAGAUCGCUGGACACUGGUGGCUCAACUGGGGUUACCAGAAACCCCUACUGGCCGAGGGUGAGAAUGCGACAUUGCUACAACCAAGUGAGAAGACCACUGCAUCCACACAGCAGCCUGGAGGCCUUGCCAGCAUUGCCAGUUGGCUGCGUCGAAACUCCCGGCCCUUACUGGAGAACAGCUCCAAGGUGCGCUGUCUGCUGCGGUCCCACGGGAGCGGUGGAGGGGAUGUGGUGCGUCAGCGGUCCCUACGGAGGUCACGCAAGGAGAACAACGUGUCCCAGACCAUGAAUGAUGGGGCCACCGCUCGGCCCUCCAAGGGCAUACUGAAGAGACGAGGUAGCCUGAAGCAGAAGGCCCUCAGCGAGGCUACAACCUCAGUGAUGGAGGAACCAGUGAGGGACUAUGAACUCUCCACCCCGGCCCAGCCCCUGCCUGUUGCAUCACUGCCCCGCAAAGGCAUCUUGAAGAAACCAGCCGAGCGAGAGUCUGGCUACUACUCUUCCUCCCCAGACAGCAGUGACUCUGCCCAGACACCCCAGGCCCAGCUCUGCCCCUCAGCACCGCCCCACCGAAAGGGAAUCCUGAAGCGCCAUGGUAAGUUCUCUUCAGGCCUACUGCAGGAGUUUGGGUCUCUGGACCAGCUGGCGGCCUCCCUGCCAAGGGGGGGCACGAGAGCACGACCCAGCGGGGCAAUCAGCGAGGACAGCAUCCUCUCCUCGGAGUCCUUUGACCAGCUGGAUCUGCCUGACCGCGUGGGGCCAGAGGCACCCAGCGAACGCCCAGCCAAGGGCACCAUGAGGGGCUGCGUGUCUGCUGACAACCUCCUGGACAUCCGAGAAGAGGGGCUUGGGCAAGACCUGCUGAGGCAGAGAGGACCCUGGGACAUGGCCUGUUACCAGUCUGGGGUGGCUGACAGCGCUUUCUCCAUCACAGACUGUGAGAACGUGACAGAAGCCUACAAGCAUGCCAUGGUGAUCGGAGGAGCUGCAGCCAGCUGAGGACCAGCAAGUGUCCCAGGACAGUAUAAUACAGCAUUCUCAAAGGACUGAGGCAGUUGUUUAAAGUUGGCUGAUAGCUGAACACAUUUGUGGUAAUGUGUGACUUGAUAGCCAAAGUGGUAUAGGAGAAGUGCGAAGCUACAGUAGCCACUCGUGAUGUGACAUUGUUUUGAUGCAGUACUAUAAGAACUUUACCAAAAACAGAUUCUAGCAAAGGGAGAAAGAAUCUAGGCUCAUAUCAGACUUAUUGCUAGUUUAGACAAACAUUGUAAAAUAAAUGCCUUUCAAUUAGUUAACUAGAUCAGAGGUUUGAGUUAUUCCCAUUUUUUUGUUUCUUUGCCAGGGAUAUCCAGACUUCAAUACAAUAUUUUCUUUCAGGGACUAAAUGUUUAGUCAGAAAAACAGUGUUUUUCAAAAAUAUUGGUAGCUGUUAAUUGUGACAUUUUGUCUGGACCAAGUUCCAAUUGACUUUGGGGGGUUUUCAAUGUUGACUUUUGGAUUUUGAUUUCAAAAUGUAGCAUUUUUGUUCAGGGUUUGAGGGAAUUGACAGUUUAAUACCAAAGCUAAAAUGUGAAAACAUGUAGAGCACUAUUUUUUUCUCUGUCCAAUCACCAUGUUAAUAAGACAGAUUCAUCUGGGCCUACAGAGUCUACUACUGACUGUUAUGGUUAAACUUUUAGAACUGGAAUUGAUUUACACAUGGAAAGAUGACUCACAAUAAUAAGUAAUGGUAAUAAUGACAUCCAUUAAAGGGGCAAUCUGCAGUUGGUACAUCCAUUAUUAAACAUUUAAAUGAAUGAUGAAUAUAACUUAUAGAUGCCUCAUCAGCUUAGUUCAACUGUCGUACCCCAUCAGAACCCAAAAUAUGAGCUUGUUAUACUCCUUUUGUUUUAAACAAUGUAAAUGUAAACUGAAACUAAUCUUGAAAUCAUGGAUGGUCAGUCCCUUUAUACAUAGCUCUGUACAUUUUGAGUGGUUACAUUUCUCCAGCCCCACCCCUCAGCUGUUUACCGGGUUACCGCUUUAUUGUUCAAACUGCAGAUUGCCCCUUUAAGCCCUGAGGCACACUAGCACGAACUUGUCUAACCUGCUACUAUUCUAUUCAGCCUAAGUUUACUCUGUGUACAGUGCAUUUCAGAUGAAAACGGGGGUUUACAGUAAAUGUUCCUCAGUCUUUUGGCGGGUUAAGUAUUGUAGCAGUAUUCCAGUUGUUCUCUGGAAUUAAACCAUGAUCUUUAGCAUGUGUGGUAACUAGUUAAUGUGUAACUUCCCCAGAGUGAACUGAAGAACUAGUUCAGACCGAUAUGUGACAUUUUUAUGAGUUAAUGAAUUUACAAGGACGGGUCUAAAGGUGCGUUUCGGUUUCCCAGUAACAGCAUGUGGCCAAAGACUGGUAUUUGCAACUUUGAUGUGCCCUCUGGGCAUUUCAUGAUUAUGACUAGGAUCGAUUCAAUUUAUUCUGUUUUAACACCUAAACAUGAUUAAUACUAUGAAAAAUUGUGCCUAGGAGCUGCUCAGACUAUUGAAAUCUGAUAAUUAUAUAAAAUGUUUCAGGGUUCACUUGAAUGUGGAACAAACUGCACACAGAGCUUUGCACAAGGGGCUACAACAUCAAGUUGCUGUUCAAUGACUGGAAUGUGGUGAUUUCUUAUUGUUGGUUAUUAAUAGGUUGAUUUUAUAUUUAACACUGUAGGGAUAAAGGGAAAUAGAACUAUUUUUAGUAGUAUACAAGAGCGAUCAACAAAGGAGGUUAAAACACAAAGAUAUUCACACUUUGAUGCUCAAACAGAUUCAGGUGAUUAUUUUUUCCCCCCCUCAGUAUUAUACAGGAACUACAAAAUGUUCAUACAGUUCCAUUAAGUGACCUAUCCAGGCCCGUCUUGUUAGCCAACUCAACCAUAAUAUGUUGCCAUGUUAAUAAAUACAGGUAAAUGUAAGCAAUUUGUUUUUCAUGAGUUGGACAUGAUCCAUGUUUGCCAAAGUGCCUGGCUUAUCUGUUGUCGACUUGGCCAAGUAAAUCAUUAAAAAAAAAAUGAAAU